AUGGCAGCAGGGACGAAGCAAAAAGGGAGGGAGCAAGCAAGCCGGGAUAAGACGACACUGGCGAUGGGCAGUUUUCUCAGGGUUGCGGCGUUGAAGUGGCUCGAUGGCUCGUCGGGGCAUGGGUUGGCGGGUACUGGUCGCGUGCUGCUCCGGUACUUGCGUGGCCGCUGCGGCUCAGUCUUGGGGGAUGUAACGGACUAG